AUGUUCAUAGGGGUGGAGUAUUUUGGGGUACAGCUCUGUUGCUCUAAGUGUGAAUCAUUUGGCCAUGAUUGUUCUCUACCUCCCCCUAGGGUUGCUAACAAGAGGAAUUGGAGAGUCAAGCAGUCUAUAGUUGUUGCAAGAUCAAAGGUGAUUGAGCUUGGGUCGGAUGAUGUAGGUACUGGGUUGGAGAAAGAGGUGAGUGAGCAGGUGGCUGGAAGUAAGGUCAAAGAGGUAGUUGUGGAUAUUGCACCUCCAGUAACCCCAAGUUCCUUGCCAUCUCAAGUGGAGUUCAACAAGGUCAUAAAUGGAGCAGGAUCAAAAUCAAUAGUCAAUUCAUUCUUCCUAGUGUUGCAUUGUAAUGCUUUUGAGGCUCUUUGUAGCAGUCAGGAUAUAAAGUUGCAGGCUUCUGUGCCUAAGAAAAUGGGUAAGGAGGAUCUUCGCAGUAAGGGGGCAGUAACCAAGGUGACUACUCUUCGUAAUGACCAUCAUUCUAUGGAACACAAGGGGUUUCAAUAG